UUCGGGCUCCGAAUUUCUGCACGAUUGCUUCCCCGAAUUAACUUUACCCAGGAAAGCCAGACUUUUAGUCUUACUUUGUCCCUAAUCCCCCCAAGAGCUUUUACGAUUGGUCCUAACGGGUCCAAUACAGUAGCCGGCACGGGCAGGCCUGCCCGGGCCCGGGAGCACGCGCCAGCCUCCCCUCGGAGCCAGUCGGGAGGAGCAAAGCCCGGGGGCGGAGACUGCGGGCCCCGUGCGAGCCCGGGGCGGGGGGGGGGCAACCGGCGCUUCCCGAGGCCCGGGCCCGUCUCCGGGCGCCAGGCGGACGGACCCCGCGAGCUCGGGAGUGGCGGGCGGGCUCCCGGGGGCGGCGGCGCGGGCGGCGCAGGAAGGGGCGGGGGCUCGCGGGCGGCGCAGGAAGCGGAGGUCGCGGGCGUCGGCGCUGCGCCCGGGGCCGCGAUGAGCUCGGCGCCGGGGCCCCGCCGGGCCGGGCCUGCAGAUGAGGAACAAAAUGUGACAGAAACUGAUGCCUUCUAUAAGAGAGAAAUGUUUGACCCGGAAGAAAAGUACAAAAUGGACCACAAGAGGAGAGGAAUUGCUUUGAUCUUCAAUCACGAGCGGUUCUUCUGGCACCUGACAUUGCCGGACAGGCGCGGCACCAGCGCAGACAGGGAUAAUCUCGUGCGCAGGUUUUCAGAACUAGGAUUUGAGGUGAAAUGCUUUAAUGAUCUUAAAGCAGAAGAACUACUGCUCAAAAUUCAUGAGGCAUCAACCUCUAGCCACAUAGAUGCCGAUUGCUUUUUAUGUGUGUUCCUGAGUCAUGGUGAAGGAAAUCACAUUUAUGCAUAUGAUGCCAAAAUUGAAAUUCAGACACUGACUGGCUUAUUCAAAGGAGACAAAUGUCAGAGCCUAGUUGGAAAACCCAAGAUAUUUAUCAUUCAGGCGUGUCGAGGAGACCAGCAUGACGUGCCAGUCCUUCCGAUGGAUGUAGUGGAUCAUCGGACAGACAAGCUGGAGGACAACAUAACGGAGGUGGAUGCGGCCUCAGUGUACACGCUGCCUGCUGGAGCGGAUUUUCUCAUGUGUUACUCUGUUGCAGAAGGUUAUUAUUCUCAUCGGGAAACUGUGAAUGGCUCAUGGUACAUUCAAGAUCUGUGUGAGAUGCUGGGAAAAUUUGGCUCCUCCUUAGAGUUCACAGAACUACUCACCCUGGUGAACAGGAAAGUUUCUCAGCGCCGAGUGGACUUUUGCAAAGACCCAAAUGCAAUUGGAAAGAAGCAGGUUCCCUGCUUUGCCUCAAUGCUAACUAAAAAGCUGCAUUUCUUUCCAAAAUCUAAAUGAUAGAAUCUGUUUUAUGUAUCUAUAUUCAAAACACAUUUUCCAUCUUUUUAUAUAAGUAUCAUUAGGUUGAAAUUUGAUACAGCAAUUUAAAAUGUCUUAAUGGUGUAAUGAGAACUUAAAAAAAUAGUUCCUAUUGGUAUUAGACAUGGUGAAAGGGUUUGAUAUAUGUGAAAUGAAGUCCUCAGGGAAUUACUAUAAAGUAAAAAUCCACAAGCGUUUGUAAUACUUGAUUUUUAUAGUAAAUCAUGAGGUUAGUCAAAAUAUCUGGCUGAUUUAAUUUGUAUUUUGUGAAGCUUUUUUAUAAAUGUUUUAUAAUGUUUUUAAAGGUUUUAGAAACCCAAAAAUUGUUUUCCCUUAAUAAAAUAUUUGAAAUUCAUAUUUUAA